AUGACACUACCUGACAACCACAAACGUCGUCUCCCUCCAUGGCACUCCGCCACGGCAAUAAUUGAAGCAACGCUGAUCUGUUGCAUCUCCGGCGAGGCAGAGCGCAGCAGCUCGUGCAUAUAUCUAGCUAAGCCAAUUGCGCACCACCGCGCGCGCCACCCCAAGAUCCCCGUGCCUUUUCAGAGCAUCUCUCCGUCGCCGUGACAAUGAAGCAGCAGCAGACCGUCAUCCUGUACCCGAGCCCUGGCGUCGGCCACAUCGUCCCCAUGGUGCAGCUCGCCAAGGUGUUUCUGAGGCACGGCUGCGACGUGACCAUGGUGAUCGCCGAGCCAGCCGCCAGCUCGCCCGACUUCCGCAUCGUCGACCUCGACCGCGUGGCUGCCUCCAACCCCGCCAUCACCUUCCACGUCCUCCCUCCGGUCCCGUACGCCGACCUCGCCGUCCCCGGCAAGCACCAUUUCCUCCUCACGCUGCAAGUGCUGCGACGGUACAACGGCGAGCUGGAGAGGUUCCUCCGCUCCGUCCCGCGCGAGCGCCUGCACUCCCUGGUGGUCGGCAUGUUCUGCACCGACGCGGUCGACGUCGGCGCAAAGCUGGGCGUCCCCGUGUACACGUUCUUCGCCUCGGCCGCCGCUACUCUGGCCGUCGUGGCCCAGCUGCCGGCGUUGCUCUCCGGCAGGCGAGCGGGCCUCAAGGAGCUCGGGGACACGCCACUCCAGUUCCUCGGCGUCCCGCCGUUCCCAGCGUCCCAUCUCGUCAGGGAGCUGCUGGAGCACCCGGACGACGACGAGCUGUGCAAGACCAUGGUGGACGUCUGGAAGCGCUGCACGGACGGCAGCGGCGUCUUGGUCAACACGUUCGAGUCGCUGGAGAGCCCGGCCGUGCAGGCGCUGAGGGAUCCCCGGUGCGUGCCCGGCCGCGUGCUGCCCCCGGUCUACUGCGUGGGGCCGCUGAUCGGUGGCGACGGCGGCACAAGAGCAGCAGCGGAGCAAGAGCGCGCGGCGGAGACGCGGCACGAGUGCCUUGCGUGGCUCGACGAGCAGCCCGAGAACAGCGUCGUGUUCCUCUGCUUCGGAAGCAGAUGCGCGCACUCGGCUGAGCAGCUAAGGGGCAUCGCCGUCGGCCUUGAGAGGUCCGGGCAGCGCUUCUUGUGGUCUGUGCGGACGCCGGCCGGCACCGACGGCGGUUCGGAGAAUCUCGGCGCGCUCUUUCCAGAGGGGUUCUUGCAGCGGACCAAGGACCGGGGCCUCGUCGUGCGGUCAUGGGCACCGCAGGUUGAGGUGCUACGGCAUCCAUCGACGGGCGCGUUCAUGACGCACUGCGGAUGGAACUCGACGCUGGAAGCCAUCACAGCAGGGGUGCCGAUGCUAUGCUGGCCGUUCUACGCGGAGCAGCUGAUGAACAAGGUGUUCGUGACCGAGGGCAUGGGCGUCGGGGUGGAGAUGGAGGGGUACACGACGGGCUUCAUCAAAUCCGAGGAGGUGGAAGCCAAGGUGAGGCUGGUGAUGGAAUCUGAGGAGGGCAGGCACCUCAGGGGUCGAGCGGUAGCACUCAAGAAUGAAGCACAAGCAGCGCUGCGGGAUGACGGCCCAUCGGAGACCUCGUUCGCCAGGUUCCUCUUUGAUGCGAAGAAUCUUCAGGGACACCUCGGUCACGGAUCGGAGUGAAUUUUCUUUAAUUUUCUAUUGAGGCCUUGUUCGAAAUUUAUAUUAGGAAUAAGAUGCAGGAAGGGUUCUUGAACUUGGCAGUCAUUUGAGUCUCAGGGUCGACAAUGUAUCAAAUACAUAUGUGUUGGAGACUUGUUCUCAAAUGCUAUAAGUUAAGAACAAGGCAAC